AUGGAGAGUUAUGAAGAGUUCUGUAGCAGGACACUGAAGACAUUUUUGAUGUUUCCUGACUGCAGUACCGCACCACAGCAGCAGAGGGCGCACGUGUCCAACAUUCACUUUCAUGGCAGGAGACUAUUAGAGCCUCUGUUGAGUGAGGAGGUACGUGCUCAGAUGGCAGAAGAAAGACAGACAGCUAUACAGAGAGACAGAAAGAGACAGACACAACAAACAGAUGCUCUGCUGGAGCGUGUGCAGGACAUCAUUAACAACAUUCAUGUGAUCCAAAAUGAGUCCCGAUGUCUACAUCAGACCCAGUUCAACCCCGGUCCAAAACCAGACCAUAAGAACCAGCAGUUCAUUGAAGAAAGAGACUCUCAGACUGCUCAACCAGCGGAUGGACAGAGAGAGAAGAACCACAAUGAUGAUGAUGAGUCCAGUGACCGCUUAUACCCAGGAGGAUCACCUGAUUCUGUCCUCAGUGAUCUCUCUCUUAGUCUGACGGGCUCCUACGUUCAGUUGCCCAGCCCUCAGCCCAGCCGCAGUCCUCUUACACAGAGAACGAGGAGACCGCACAUUCUCAUCUCCUGUCCGGUCAGUGAGUCUGAACUCGGUCCAAACGGAUCUGAAUAUAAAAAUCAUCCAUCAGGGGGAGCAGAGCAGUCGGCGUUUAUUCAACCUGGUGCCCAAUGGGACUACAGCUGUUCAGAGUCGAGUGAAAGACAGCUGUCAAUCACAACCUCCACCCCCAGCACUACCAGUAACCACAAAGAAAUCCAGUCCAGUUUAACCCGGUCACAAGAUAAACCAGCUCGCCGUUCACCUCCAGCUCCUCUUAAUCAAUCCUAUGAUGUGGAGAGCCCAUUGCCCUUUCUGAUCAGGCCACAGGUGCAGUCCACACCCUCAUCAUGCUCAGGUGGGCACGGUUCAGACCUGGACGGAUUCUCACAAUGCCCAAAGCCCUGUACAGCUGAAACUCAGCAAAAUAAUACUGAAGCAGACGAACAGGAGAUUGAGGUGUUACAGGAGCGUUUGAAGAGAGAACACAGCCAGCAGAUCUCUGAUAACCUCACAGCACAGGAGAAAGAGACACUAAAGCACCAGCAGGUGUCUGAGGAGCACAUGAAGGGUUUCUGUCGUUUUAACGCUCUGGCUCGAGGUUUCCUAACACGCAGACUCCUGCAAACGGACAAAAUCAAAUACCUGCGCAAAACUGUAAAGGACACCAGAGAGUUCAUCCAGUCAUUCCAGAAUGAUCCACAGCUGAAGAGAGUCUCCAUCUCUUAUCAGGAUCUGUCUCUACAGCACAGAGUCACAGCACAGCUGCGAGCUGCAUUGCAUGACAUCCAUCAGAUCUUCUUUGUGUGGCCUAUGAAACAAAAACUUCAUCUGCUGCAGAAAGACAGAGAGAUUCACACAGAGAGAACAAUCAGAGAACUGGAGAAAGUCAAGGGUUCAGGAAUGAGACAGAUUCUCUCUUCAGCCACUCAGAAGAGCCUAGAAAGAAAUAAACACAGGCAAACAAAAAGGACAAAGAUGAUGGGCAAGGCCUCAUCAGGAUCCAGGGUUCUGCGGUCCAGUCUCGGUCAGAACGGCGUCAGGCCGCCGAGUGUUGUGAAACAGAGAGAGGAGUGUAUGGAGGUGAGACAGCCGGUCGUCCACAGGAAGUGUCUUUCAUUGAGAUAACACAACACAAACACAUUACAGAGAACAGAGAUCUUGAGUUAUUUCAUAUUUCAUUACUAGACAAUUAUCUACACAAUAAACUUCUUACUGUUCUUAUUUUAGUUUUGUCUCAAUGAUCAAAUAUAUAUAAUAUAAAAUGAUCAAUAUAUUUUGAUAUUAAUAUAUUUUUUUGGCCAUUUUUUGUAUAUUUAAAAAUAAAUAUAUAUUAAAGCAAAAGCUUUGUGUGUUACAAACCUGUAAACAUAACAGGUUUGAAAAGUUUUAAAUUAAAUAUAUUUUCAACUGCAAAAAUCUAUAAUUUUAUGUUUUAUACAUAUUUAUACAUUUU